AUGGCCGAAGUUAAGGUCGCGAGAAGAGCUGUCGAGGACUCGAGGACGACGUCUAAGAGGUCGAUUUCGUCGACCAUACUGGACUUCAUCAAGAUGCCGAUUAAUAGGGCUGUGGGUGGGCGCCAAGGGUCUUCCGGAGACACGCAAGAACACGGCCGUGGGCCGGAGCAGACGAAGAAGAGACGUGUGGAGAGCGGUGGUGGAGCAGAGGCGUCGGUUGUGCUGUACGAGCAGGAUGGGAACCAUGGCAGCAUGGCCAGGCCGCCGGUGUUGCCGUUGCUGCCGUUGCAGCGGUUGAUGUUGUUGCGCGAGAGGCAGUUGCAGCGGUACAGUCAAGUCAGGGCGUUGUCCGUGGACAGACGCAGCGCCAAGGGUUCUCAGAAUGUUGCGGAAGUGCAGUUGAAGAGCACUCGCAAGAAGAACAAGCCAGGACGGCAGAAUGGCGUGUGGUCUGCUGAUUUCGAGUACGAUCUCGAGGAUGUGCCCGUGGCGAUUCAAACCCACCCAGCCAAACCGUCGUCGCCAGUUACAGUGGACGUAAAAAAAUUCAAGCCUGCCAUUGCGCUGGCGUCUGCCCCCACCGCCCAGUUGUCAAAGGGGCAGAAAGACCUGUUGGUCAAUGGGAUUGCCUCCGCUGCGGCCCCUCUGGUAGACUCAGCUCAAGGCAUAAAGAUCAAUGUCCCUUCAGCGACAAUGCCAUCUGUAAAACCGAAAGUCACACCAACAGUCGGGUUUGAUUUUAUUACAUCGGCGGAAGAAUCUGAGACAAACGACAAAUUGCCGUCUCCUAAUGCAUUGCAAACUGGGAACUUCACUUCGGAGACUACAAAACAUCCGGCCUUGGAACAGAAAUCAGACACUAAACCUGCGUUUUCAUUUGGUUUACCAAAAUCUGACUCUCAUAAGGAACCAGAGGAAAAGAAAGUCACUUUCGAGGGAAAACCUUCCACUUUGAUCUUCAACCCAGAAAAAUCAUUGACUUCUAAACUUGCCGAUGACGCAGAUACUGAGGAUGAGCCAACAAGAAAGAAACGUUUCCCAUUUGCAGCUUCUUCAGAGUCGUCUACAGAACAAAAACCGACGAAACAAUUCUCGUUUGGUUCAUCCUCUAACGAACCUAAUGCAGAGCCGCUGGCUAAGAAACCGUUUACCUUCGGCAGCGCCAUAAGUAAGCCAACAGAGCCCAUUGUCAAGAAGGAAGAAGAAGAUACAUUGAAAAAACCGGCUUUCUUGUUAUCCUCUACACCAAAUGAUACCAAGCCAUCAUUCAGUUUUGGUGCCAAACCAGAAACUGACAAGGAAGAAUCAGGAAAACCUUCCUUCUCGUUCGGGCUUGGCAAGAAAGAUACAGGUGUGAAAUCAACCCCGCCUUCACUUUCUUUUGGAUUAAAAAAUGAUGCCAAGCCAACAGAAGCAACUAAAGCCCCAUCGUUUUCCUUUGGUACAACAAACUCAACUGAAAAGACUGCAACCACAGCGCCAUCUUUCCAGUUUGGUGGUACGGAACCGAAGGUAAAAGAAGAAACCAACGCAGCUACUGGGGUCGACAAGCCAAAUUCAGUGUUUUCAUUUAACUUAAGCAACGCAUUAGCAAAUUCAACAGCUAAUAAAUCUACAAAACCAUCUUUUUCGUUCGAUAAACCAAAGAGCACACCUACUCCAACACCAACACCUACUGUGACACCUACUGAACUUUCCACCGACACUAAGACUAAUCUAUUUUCUUUCAACACUGGUUCAGGGCCUGCAAAUCCGGUGAUAAAUCCUUUAUUGACCAAGCCUGCUAACCCAUUGUUGUCAGGAGGUAGCAACAUUACAACCAAUGCCGCUAACAGCGGUUCUACGUUCAGUUUUAUGAAGAAGGAUACUCAACCUGCUCCAGCAUUUGCUAAUCAACCCAAUGCUGCUAAUAAUAAUAACACACCAAGUCAAGGGUUUAAGUUUGGUGGUAGCACUACUCCUUCAACCGCUGGUCCGACUGCCUUUAGUUCGGCAAUGAGUGGAAUGAACACAUUUGGCAGCAAUGCUACUAUGAAUACUAAUAGCGGCCCAUACAUGUUUGGUAUGAAUAGUUACAACGCACCAAACGGGCUACAACCACCACCACCUGCAUUUAACCCAUCCUCAUCAAUCAACUUAAACUUUGCCAAUUCAGCAGUUUCCAACCCAGCCACUAUAUUCGGAGCUUCCACCCCAUCGCCUACUCCAUCGAACCCAGGUUUUGGAUUCAACGGUAUGUCCACCAGUGCAAUUUCUACUAAUGACCAGUCAUCAGUAAGAAUGGGAUCAAUGAGUCAAGGCCAUCCAAUGCAAAGACGACUAGCGAGGAUGCGAGCACCAAGAAGAUAA